AUGCCAUAUGAAGAAUUAUUACCAAGGGAACUUAAAAAGGACAUUUUAAGAUAUCACAUGUUACCAGGCAUUGAAAGUCCGGACAGCCCAAGCUCAAUCAACACGCCAGAACCUCCUCAAUCUCCUACGGCAUCAUUAAGUUCAGAAUCAUCCGAUCCAAUCACUUCAAUAAUAACAUGUUCUUAUUUCCCCCCACAACCUCCACAACGAAAGAUGGCGCAUAUAGAUUCGAAUUUGAUCAAUCAUUUACACGUGGCCUUACCAAAAGGGUCCAUAAGAUGUUUCAAAGGUUGGGGUCCCAUAUUCGGUGAUUUAAAUGGUGAUAGCAAUGAUUUGGCCAUGACAAAUUUGGGUAAUUGGAGUUCAAGCAGUGGUUCUUACGAAAAUGUCGGAAUCCCUAAUCAUUUUAAAGUUGAGGAAUGGGAAGUAUUUCAGAUAAAGAAGAAGAAAGAAUAUGAAUUAUUAGGUAUAUAA